GUGUCGUUGACAUCGCGAGCGUGCUUGCGAUGGCUUGUCUGUUCGAAAGUGCAGGUUCCGCAUCUGUCGCACUCGGACAACUGUCGAAUUUGACAUCUGAGAUGUCGUCGAGCAGCGCCGUGCCAGAGAUGUCGGAGAGGUUCACGACUGUCAUGGGCGCAAGCUCUCGGACUGUCGGGCACUUGCGAAUUGCCGCGGCACUCGUCUCGGAUAACAGCUUCACAUGCCGUCGCGCGAUGUGGGCCGACGUCGAAGUCCGGGCUACGAUCGCAGAGGCUGCCGGCGCGUUUCUCGCGUCGGCCAGCCCAGCCCACGCAGCGCGCGGCACCGUCGGUUCGAAGCUCAUUGCCGCCAUCAGCGAGGCGAGCGCCCGCAGGCGCGUGCAUUGCCUCGGCAACCGGGGUUUCCCGUUCGAGCCGGCGCCGAAGGCGCUAUUGAAGACGCUAGUCCUUGUGAGGGCGCGCCCCUUUGAAGACGCAAUUCCUCGUGAAGACGCUAUUCGAGACGCUAGUCCCGGUGAAGACGCUAUCCCUGGCGAGUGCGCUAUUCCGGGUGAAGACGCUAUUCCCGGGCCGGCGAAGACGCUAUUCCGGGCGAAGACGCGUUCUGCGGACACAGACAGCACUUCCCCAAUGAAGACGCUAUUCCGGGUGACGACGCUUUUCCCGGUGAAGACGCUAAUCCUUGUGAAGACGCUAUUCCGGGUGAGUGCGCUAUUCUGGGCGAGGGCGCCAUUCCGGAUGAAGGCUCUAUUCCGGGUGGAGACGCUAUUCCGGGUGAGUACGCUAUUCCCGGUGAAGACGCACAUUCCCAGUGCAGAUGCUAUUGCGGGUGAGUGCGCUAUUCUGAGUGAAGACGCUAUCCCCCGCGAAGACGCUAUUCCCGGUGCAGACGCUAUUCCCAGCUGUGAAGACGUUGUUCCGAGUGUGGAGACGCUAUUCCUUGUGAAGACGCUGUUCCUUAUGAAGACGCUAGUCCGGGUGGCGACGCCAUUCCCGGUGAAGACGCUAUUCCCGGCGAAGACGCUAAUCCGGGCGAAGACUAUUCGGGCCCCCGUGAAGACGCUAUUCCGAGUGAAGACGCUAUUCUGGGUGAAGACGCUAUCCCUUGCGAAGACGCUAUUCCAGGCGAAGACGCUAUUCCCGGUAAAGACGCUAUUCCGAGCGAAGGCGCCAUUCCGGGCCAUGAAGACGCCGUUCCCAGCGAAGUCCAG